CGUCGAGCUCGACAUUUUAAUUCCUCUUUUGAUCAAGAGAUGACUCACUCUUCUCCUCUUCUCUCCCAUAAACCUUAAAAGCCAUUUCCACGAUCUGCUUAGGGUUUCCCCCCUCUCUCCCCCAAAUCUCCCAUGGCUGCUUUCAAUUUCUCCAUCUCUUCUUGAUUCUCUCUCAGAAUAAGAGUCUUAGAUUUGUUGUGUGUUCAUCAUUCCAUUGGGGGGGAAGAGAGAUAGAGAGAGAGAGAAAUGUGUUGAAUUGGUUUGUGUUGGUGUUGGUGGAGGAAAGAGAGAGAGAGAGAGGUUAAGAAGAAGAAAAAAUGAAUGUGAGCCAUGCAUCGGUUCAUCCAGUGGAAGAUCCUCCAGCAGCAGCUACAGAAGUUAUUAACCCGCCGAGGGUGAGGAUGGAUGAUAUGGAAGGCAUGCCUGGAACACUACUUGGACUUGCUCUUCGUUUCUUUCAGUUCUUGUUUGCUGCUGCUUCUCUCUCUGUUAUGGCUACUACUAGUGAUUUCCCUUCCGUUACCGCCUUUUGCUACCUGGUUGCAGCUACUGGUCUGCAGAGCUUGUGGAGUCUUACACUAGCCAUGGUUGACGUCUAUGCUAUUAUGGUCAAACGUUCACUACAGAACCGUCGUCUUGUGAGCUUGUUUGCAAUCGGUGAUGGGGUUACAUCGACGCUGACUUUUGCAGCGGCUUGUGCAUCGGCAGGCAUAACGGUUCUGAUAGACAACGAUCUAAAUAGCUGCGGACAAAACCAUUGUGUUCAGUUUGAAACAUCAACAGCAUUAGCCUUCAUAAGCUGGUUUGCUGCUUUGCCCUCUUUUCUCUUCAACUUCUGGUCUCUUGCAUCUCGUUGACACGACCGCUGUUCAGCAAGAUGCGUUUUCAUGGUGUGUUUUUCAGUGUAUAGUAACUGAUUUUUCUUCUUCUUUCUUCGUUUUGGGGGGUUGGAACCAACUUUCUUCAAACCCAAUACUGGGAAACUGGGAAUUGUUUUGUACUUGUAGAACCUUAUUCAUCUUGUUGUUGUACACUGACAAGAUUCGGUCGGCUUUGUACUUUGAUUGAAGAAAUCUAAGUUCUCAAAUGCUUCAUCAAGCUCCUAGUACUUGGAGGCUUGGAGCAUUAUUAAAA